AUGUCUCAACAUGUGCUGUCGUCCCUCGGGGCCACGGCCGCCCUGCAGCGCGGCUGUCCGGGGCUCCGUGAGGCAGAGGCUGUCCGUGGAAGCACAAGCCCAGACACCCCGACAGCAGAGCCGUCACUCCAGGAGCAUCCCAGAGCAGCAGCCGGAAGGCACCGCCAUCGGGACAGAGACGGCGGGAUUGGCGGAAUGAAUCAGGAGUUGGACCCAUUUCCCACGCAUCUCUGCCAGAGAACUCUGGCUCCGAUGCAGGAUCCCGAAAUCAGGUCUUAUAAGCAUGCCCCACGCAAGUGA